AUGGGUUGGAUCACUGUUAUCUUUUUCACCCUGCUGACGAGGACAAAGUCAGAAAACCAAACAUGCAAAGUGAUCGGGCGGACAGGGUUCAUGGAAUUCUCUAAGGAAGGUGAUCUUAUGAUUGGAGGAGUUUUCUCUAUGACUAGUACACGGAAACUGGUAGAUAACGGCUACCAGAAAUUUCCGUAUAGUUACUGCAUAAAGUGGAACGACAGGGAAUUGAGGUUUGCCAGGACAAUGAUUUUUACUGUGAGGGAGAUCAACAGAGACGCAACGCUCCUUCCUGGAGUGAGUCUGGGCUACAGGGUGUACAAUGGCUGUGGGAGUGAAAACCUGAUACUAGCAGCUGUAGAAGCUGUGAAUGGAGAGGAUUCGAGGGGCUGCAGCGAUAAGAUCCAGGCUCUCUUAGGCCAUUCGUCUUCUGGAGUGAGCACAGCCAUAAACAGAAUGCUGAGCUCGCUAUCAAUCCCACAAGUGAGCCAUCUUUCCACCUGUGCUUGUUUAAGUGACAAAAGACAGUACCCCACAUUCUUCAGGACGGUGCCAAGCGAUCGCUUCCAAAUCACUGGCCUGGUGCAGCUUAUGAAGUACUUUGACUGGCGCUGGGUGGGGAUUAUUUAUUCUCCAGGUUUAUACUCAGAAGAAGGUACGGCUGACUUUGUUAAGUAUGCAAAGAAAGAGGGCAUAUGUGUUGAAUACAGGCUGCCUUACUCAUUGACAAGCACGAAAAAGUUUCAUGUUAUUACAGCCAUGCUCAGGGAAUCCUCGUCCAAAGUGAUCCUGAUGUUUAUGUCCUUUUACUAUGCAAAGUCUUUCCUGGCAAAAAUUGAAGCUUACAACAUAACCGGAAAGCAGUGGGUUGGCAGUGAGUCUUGGAUCACACAAGCAGACCUGGCUUCUGUUGGCACAAAACACAUUUUGCAUGGGGCUAUGGGCUUUGCUCUCCCUCAGGCAUCCAUACCGGGUCUUGGUGAUUUCUUACUCAGCCUGAAACCUUCUGAUGAACCACAGAGUGAUAUCAUUAAAGCUUUCUGGGAGAAAUUCUUUGACUGCAGCUUCUCUCCGUCAAACACCUCGACUUUGUGUACUGGUACAGAGGAUCUACGGACGGUCUCCAGUGACUACACAGAUGUGGCAUUUUUCAGGGAAGAGAAUAACGUGUAUAAAGCUGUGUACUUGGUAGCUUAUGCCCUGCAUGCACUACUGAAAUGCGAAAAUGGCUCAAAUCCUACUACAGGGAAACCCUGUGUGACCAAGAAUGAAGUUCAGCCUAAGUUAGUGCUGGAACAUAUAAAAUAUGUGAAUUUCACAACAGCGAAUGGCGCAAAGGUUUUCUUUGAUGAAAAUGGUGACUCCAUUGCCCAGUAUGACUUAGUAAACUGGCAGAUGAAAGACGAUGGUUCUGCUGAAAUCGUAAAUAUUGGCCAAUAUGAUACCUCGUUUCCAGAGGGGGAAAAACUCAAACUGAAAAAGGACACUAAAAUAGUUUGGGGAGGAAACUAUAAUGAGAUGCCGAGGUCUGUGUGCAGAGAGCCGUGUCCACCAGGGACUCGAAAAGCCAUAAACAAGAAUAAGCCUGUGUGCUGCUUUGACUGCUUUGAGUGCCCUGAGGGAACAAUUAGUAAUCAGACAAAUUCUCCAGACUGUAUGAUUUGUCCGCCUGAAUUCUGGCCAAAUGAAAAGAGAGAUCGCUGUCUUCCGAAACCUACUGAAUAUCUUUCCUACAAAGAGAUCAUGGGGGCACUUCUAACUGGUUUUGGUUUAACUGGUGUAUUUUUAUCUCUUCUGAUAUCAAUAAUAUUCUUGACUCAUAAGGAGACUCCCAUUGUCAGAGCCAACAACUCUGAGCUGAGCUUCCUGCUGCUCCUCUCAUUAAAACUGUGCUUCCUGUGCUCUCUGACCUUCAUCGGUCGACCCUCUGAGUGGUCCUGCAUGCUGAGACACACAGCGUUCGGCAUCACCUUCGUCCUCUGCAUCUCAUGUGUUCUGGGGAAAACAAUAGUGGUGUUGAUGGCCUUCAGGGCGACUCUUCCAGGCAGUAAUGUGAUGAAAUGGUUCGGACCUGCACAGCAGAGACUCAGUGUUCUGACUUUUACCCUCAUUCAGGUUGUGAUUUGCAUUCUUUGGCUGACUAUAAACCCACCAUUCCCAAGGAUGAACAUGAAGUACUAUAAAGAGAAGAUCAUCUUAGAGUGUGCCUUGGGUUCUGCUGUCGGAUUCUGGGCUGUGCUGGGUUAUAUCGGACUCCUUGCUGUCUUGUGUUUUAUACUUGCUUUUCUUGCAAGGAAGUUGCCGGACAGCUUUAAUGAGGCCAAACUGAUCACCUUCAGCAUGUUGAUAUUCUGUGCAGUGUGGAUUGCGUUUAUCCCAGCGUAUGUCAGCUCUCCUGGGAAGUUCACUGUAGCUGUGGAGAUAUUUGCUAUUCUGGCCUCCAGCUUUGGUUUGCUUGUGUGCAUUUUUGUUCCAAAAUGCUAUAUAAUUAUAUUCAGGCCAGAACAAAAUUCAAAAAAGCAUUUGAUGGGGAAAAUACCACCGAGAACUCUUUAGUCUGUAAUUCGAAUGGGUCCUCCACAAUAAAUAUUGGUUUAAGAGCAAAUAAAACAACUUCACUGCAUAGUCUGACAAAUAUUGUAGUUGUACAAGUCAAUGUUGUAAUCUGUAACCUUUAUACUCAUUGUGAGAUGUUGAAUAAAGUGAAAACACUACCCUUGGCCUUUUUUUCCCUUUGUAAAACAGCGUAAUUGCUUUAGUUAUGUAUUACAUUGAAAUUAAAAUUUGCAGGAGCA